CAAAACCGUUCUCCACUGUCCGACGCCGUGCGCACCGCCGCGCCGCGAGAUUGUUUUCAGCGUUUCCCUUUUUUUCCUUUUCUUCCCCUUCCCUUCUUUUCUUUUCUCUUUCUUCUUCUUCUUCUUCUUCUUCUUCUUCUUCCUCUUCUCUUCGUUUUCUUCGUCUUCUUCUCUGCUUCCGCUUCUUCUUCUUCUUCUUCUUCUUCGUCUCCACGCGUCGUACCGCGCCCGCGAAGGAUCGAGCGAUCCCGAUGUGUUCAACCGCGAGAGACGGCCUCGGCCUUGCGACCGUUACCAGUGCGCCGUGCCAUUGAGAAGGAUCUCUCUCCGCAACCAAGGAUCCAAGCACCGUACCGCCACGUGCUCCGCGUCUUCCGAUACUUUUCUGUUUUGAGUUUUCCGUUCCUCGUUUUGGAUUUUCGCGUCGCGAUCGUUGCACCUCGCGGCUCAUCGCGCGAUUUUCUUUUUGUCUCCGGUGUUCCGUGACUGCGACCGUGUUCCGUGAAUCAGAAUGUUUCGUUUAGUUCUCUUCUUCGCCUCCAUUGCCGGAGCUUUCUACGAGGCUACAGCAGCUUCGCAACACAUCAACAAAGAUCUCGCCAACCACUACAAUGCACGGUUCCACGCUUACGAGGAACCGUACAGUAUUGACUUCACAUAUCAUAAUUACGAGCAAAUGAGUCGUUUUCUACGAGCGACGUCGCUCCGUUUUCAAAACUUAACUGCCUUAUACUCCAUAGGAAAAUCUGUGAAAGGUCGCGACUUAUGGGUGAUGGUUGUUUCUUCCUCACCAUACGAACAUAUGAUUGGCAAACCUGAUGUGAAGUACGUAGCUAAUAUACAUGGGAAUGAAGCCGUGGGUCGUGAGUUAAUGUUGCAUCUGAUUCAUUAUUUCGUAACCAAUUAUGGAUCGGAUCCGUACGUUACGUGGCUUCUAGACAACACUAGAAUACAUAUUCUUCCAUCGAUGAAUCCUGACGGAUUCGAAGUGUCAAAAGAGGGAUACUGCGAAGGCGGACAGGGAAGAUACAACGCCCGUGGUUUCGAUUUGAACCGCAACUUCCCUGACUACUUUAAGCAAAACAAAAUAAAAAGUCAACCGGAAACCGAAGCUGUUAAGGAAUGGGUGUCGAAAAUUCAAUUUGUUCUAUCUGGAAGCUUACACGGUGGUGCCUUAGUUGCCAGUUACCCGUUUGACAAUACGCCGAAUUCGCUGUUUCAGAGUUAUACUUCGGCGCCAAGCAUUUCGCCGGACGACGAUGUGUUUCAACACUUAUCGUUAGUGUAUUCCCGUAACCAUGGGUCUAUGUACCAAGGGCUUCCCUGCUCGCCGUCUCAACCAGGAUUUAAGAACGGCAUCACCAAUGGCGCGCAAUGGUACCCGCUCACUGGUGGAAUGCAGGAUUUCAACUACGUCUGGAAUGGAUGCAUGGAAAUCACGUUAGAGCUCUCGUGCUGCAAAUAUCCACCAGCUUCCGAUUUGCAAUUCUAUUGGGAUGAGAAUCGCGCGGCCCUUAUGAAAUUCUUGGCAGAGGCCCAUAGAGGAGUGCGUGGAUUUGUAAUUGACGAGAAUGGAAAUCCAAUCGAAAGAGCGUCUAUUAAAGUGAAGUCGCGAGAUGUUAGCUUCCUUACUACGAAAUACGGUGAAUUUUGGAGAAUCUUGUUGCCGGGGGUGUAUAAACUCGAGGUAUACGCAAACGGAUAUCUUCCCCGGGAUGUAGAAUUCAGAGUAGUAGAACAACACCCAACGUCUUUCAACGUAACGUUAUACAGGGCGAAUAGAUACCCAAACGAGGAAGAAAAUGGGUCUAACUUCUACACUGGUAACAGAGAUAAUAUUCACCGUGACCACGUGAUACAUUUCCGACCACAUCCGGGAACUAACACGGCUUCCGAUACGAACAGCGGAAUUUUCUCGUCCCUCAGCAACGGAUUUAAUUCCUUCGUCAGUAAUUGGUUUGGGUGAUUUUAAUUACGAAUUACUGAUCUAAGGCUGGGUCAAGUAAAUCAUUGCCGUUCGAUGUAAACACCGCACUUGCAAUUGUGAUCGUACGAGAAUUGAGUCGAGGAUUUUUGAAAAUGAACUAUUAUAUUGAAAACGAAUAUUUCAGCAAGUCGUUGAAAAUAUUUGAAUAUUGCAAUAUCACAAUAUUACAAUACUUAAAUAUUUUAUUAAUUAUUAUGAUUACUUAUUGUCCUUUCUUGUUAUAGUUUUUUAAUAUAUGCAUAACGUUUAGCGAAGUUUACAAGUUUUUCAGAAUAUUGACCAGAAAACAGACGUAGAAAACUGUUCGAGCAACAGUUCACAUAUUUUGUAGAUACUUUGUUAUAGCAUAAACGGAAGUGUUUUUAUUGUUUGUCUUAUGUAAAAUAAAUUAUUUAGAAUUAUUUAUUAAUUAUUUAAAAGCAUGUAAUUAAUAUUAUUUUAUUGUUUUUAUAUUAUUUUAAAUAUAAUUUAAUCAGUAAAUGUAUUAAUUAUUCUUAUUUUUGUCAUUCCACGUUGUAUGAAAAAAGGUAUUCGAAGUUGUGUUAAAAUGUUUUGGAUUCCGAGCUUAUUUGAAGUUAUUUGAGAAAGUUGAAGAA